AUGGAAGCGCGUAAGCUGAAACCUACACCAAUGCCAACUAAGAAGGUCGAUCGAGCGAUUCUUUUGGUCGCUCACGAUGAGCGAAAAGCCCAGGUGGGGGCGAGUGGGUUGGUUGGAGCGGAAGAGGAGGAAGACAAUGCGGACGAAGAUGACGAUGAUUUCGUCGAUGCAAAUGAAGAUGCUGAAACGAAUCAUCCAAAAGAGGGUGAAGUGGAGGCGGCAAUACACCCAGCUAAAGGCAGAGAAGUAAGCAUUGAAGACACGGAGCAAGACGCUGCUUCAACGUCAUCCCCGCAGCCAAGUUAUGGCGAAAAGCGUAAGCAACCACAAACAGAAUUGGAAGACCGCACCACCAAACGUCAGCACUACAACGACCCGCCUGUAAAUGUACUACUCAAUCCAGCAUCACCGUCUCCACCAAAAACAUCACCGCCGUCACCUUCUCCACCAGAAUCAUCGCCGCCAUCACCGUCCCGCCAGCAGCAAGACGCCGUGAUCGCGCUAGACCAAGAGGACUGGACCGCUCGCGCCGAACGUGCCUUGGGCCCUGUUGACCGCUCUCUCACCAACCUCAAUGCCUGGAUGAACGAUGUCGUUGGCUUAGGCAACCCUGCACCUAAGGACCCGACCCCAGGCCAGAUUGUUAGUGAGGUGGCUCAAGAUUUUGGACGCUGGGUGGGGCGGUGGGGUCGUGGGAUGGAUGCGAGAAUAGGGCUGGUGGGUAGAGAGGUCGAGGACAUGACUAAUCACCAGGAUGAGGAAGUUGAAGGAGAUGGAGGGGCCGGCAAUGGCAAUGAGCUAUGA